AUGGACAUCCGCCUAAGUCCUCCUCGGGAGGGCGUCCGAGGCGGACGUGAACAGUUUAAGUGGGACGAGGUGAAGAAGUACUUUACAAAGGAACGCGAACACUAUUUGGGUCAUAGCGUUAAGAUUGGUAUGAUCGAGCACAAGAACAAGUUCUACAAACAUGACUGGUAUAUGAAGGAUGAAGGAUUGGGUGAUACUUCAGAUGCAGCUGAAGAAAUGAAGUUAAUAAAACUUUAUGAAGAUGAGUUGAUGCAAGAAAUGCUCGGCGCGAUACCAAAGCGCUUGAUGCUGCUAAAAAGCAGGCCAACUGACGUUGCAACAUUGCGAAAAUUGCUGAAUGUUGACCAUGAGGCCAAACCUGUUACAGAGCAUAGCAGUGCGGAAGUUCUUGACGCCAAAACGUCUGAUGCACCACAGGCUUCAGCACACAAAUCAAAUCGCAUUCAUUCUAGUAGCGUGCCGCGGAUAGGUCAUCGGAGGUCACGUGAUCGUAGCAGGCAUCGCAACCGGUCCCGUGAGCGUCGUUCACGCAGAAGUCCGUAUCGUUCGCCAUCUAGGCAUAGAUCCCGUAGGAACGAGAGGAUGUUGAGGCGAAGCCGGUCCAGAUAG